AUGGCGCUCACCAUCACCCAGCUUCGCGAUGAAGCCAUCCGUGACAGGAUCCGACUUGCCACGGAAUUCCUCGACCCGACCGACGCUACAGCUAGAUCGUACCGCGCUGACAUUGUAUUGAUGCUGAACCGUGGCCUGCGUCGACUGGUGGUCAGCAUUGACGACAUCCGAACCCAUUCACGAGAACUUGCCGACGGCAUCCUCUACACACCUUUUGACUAUUCCCCGGCGUUCGACAAAGCCUUGAAGAACAUAAUUGCCACGAUCCCCAAUCGGGCCCCAUUUGAACAAGACGAAGACAGAUUAUACUAUGUGGCAUUCUCCGGGUCCUUUGGAGAGACUACUUGCAAUCCCAGGACGCUGGGAAGCGCCUUGCUCAACAGGAUGGUGUGUCUGGAAGGAAUUGUCACCAAGUGCAGUCUUGUCAGGCCGAAAGUCGUCAAAAGUGUACACUGGAACGAGAAGACACAAAAGUUUCUGUACCGAGAAUACAGGGAUCAGACAAUGAGUGCAAACGCACCUGCGAGUCUCAGCGUCUACCCCCAAGAAGAUGGGGACGGGAAUCCGUUAAUCACCGAGUAUGGAUACUGCACAUAUCGAGACCAUCAGACCAUCAGCAUACAAGAAAUGCCUGAGCGGGCGCCUGCCGGUCAGCUACCUCGCGGCGUGGAUGUCAUCAUGGACGACGACAUGGUGGACCGUGUCAAGCCCGGCGACCGUAUCCAGCUGGUGGGGAUUUUCAGGUCUCUCGGUAACAGAAACGCUGGAUCAGGAUCAUCGAUUUUUCGCACGCUGAUUCUGGCCAACAACGUGGUGCUACUGUCAUCCAAAUCAGGAGGCGGGAUUGCUCAAGCCACAAUCACGGAUCAAGACGUCAGGAAUAUCAACAAGCUGUCCAAGAAGAGCAACGUCUUUGAGUUACUCUCACAGUCGCUUGCACCCAGUAUCUACGGGCAUGACUACAUCAAGAAAGCGAUUUUGCUCAUGUUGCUGGGCGGGAUGGAGAAGAACCUGCCGAAUGGCACUCACUUGAGAGGUGAUAUCAACGUGCUCAUGGUCGGCGACCCGUCAACAGCAAAGUCCCAGCUUCUGAGAUUUGUCCUCAAUACCGCGCCCUUGGCGAUUGCCACGACCGGGCGUGGCUCUUCUGGCGUCGGUCUCACUGCGGCAGUGACGUCCGACAAAGAAACCGGAGAGCGACGACUUGAAGCCGGUGCCAUGGUCCUGGCAGACCGAGGAGUCGUCUGUAUCGACGAGUUCGACAAGAUGAGCGACAUUGAUCGUGUAGCGAUCCACGAAGUCAUGGAGCAGCAGACCGUCACCAUCGCCAAGGCGGGGAUUCACACCUCGUUGAACGCCAGAUGCAGUGUGAUUGCCGCAGCCAAUCCCAUAUUUGGCCAAUACGACAGCAACAAAGACCCACACAAGAACAUUGCGCUACCGGACUCUCUGCUCUCUCGUUUCGACUUGCUUUUCAUUGUCACCGACGACAUUGACGACAAACGGGACAGAUCGAUCUCCGAACAUGUCCUCAACAUGCAUCGCUACCGCCAACCGGGCACGGAGGAGGGGGCUCCGAUCCGCGAACAACCGAAUCAGAUUCUUGGAAUCGGUCUCCAGGAAGAGCAAAGCUCGACUCAGUCGACAGAAGUGUACGAAAAGUACAAUGCCAUCCUGCACUCGGGCUUCUCCAUCGCGGGCAGAAACCGAAGGAAGCAAGUGCACCCAGUCAGCAUGCCGUUCAUCAAGAAGUACAUCCAGUACGCCAAGAGCAGAUGCAAGCCGGUCUUGACCCAGGAAGCCAGCGAGUACGUGGUGAGCGCCUACUCGAACCUGCGCAACGAACAGAUCAAGGCAAACGAACGACGAACCAGUCCCAUCACCGCACGCACGCUGGAGACGUUGAUCCGUCUGUCCACUGCCCAUGCCAAGGCGAGGCUGUCGGGCCGAGUGGAAGAGAGCGACGCCGUCGCAGCCGAAGAGAUUCUCAAGUUUGCCCUUUUCCGCGAAGUCGCUGUCAAGGAAGACGGGCGGAAGAAACGCCGCAAGACGCGCGAUGCCAACGACGGGAGCUCCUCCGACGACGACUCCUCCAGCGAGGGCAGUAGCAGCGAUGACGAUACCCCAUAUCGCGGCACGAGAUCUUCAGCUACCACUGGCAGUGGCAGGGGCUCCAAACCACAGACGAGAAGCCAGCGAUCCGCCCGUGCCAACGGGUCUACCAAUGGCAGAGGUCCGGCGCGGACGAACGGCCGUGCAGAUGCCCAGCAGGACAACUCGGACGAUUCGGACGCGCAUGACCCCCAGCCACAGACCGGCGCCGAGUCGCAAAUGUCUCGCAUGAGCAUCGCCAGCUCGCUACCGAGUUCGCAGCUCCCGUCGACCCAGACCGACUCGCAGUCGCAAGCGCAACGGGCCGCCACGCCCGAAGAAGAAGAAGAUGAUGCACCGACCAUCUCACAGCCACGUCUGGCUUCUUUCCGUGCCGUCCUCGGCUCGCUGGCGCAGACGUCGCUGUUCGAGAACGACAUGGCUACGGUGGCCGACGUCGCCGCCGCAGUCAAUCAUCGCAUGUCCGAGAGGGACGAGGCCGAGUUUUCCGACCUCGAAAUCACCGCCGCACUGAGGUCGAUGGCAGAGGCGAACAAGAUCAUGUUCUUGGAGGACACCGGUGAGGUCUACACGUUGUAG